AUGGCGACGCAGCUCGCGACCCGCGGCCUUCCCCUCACCUCUGGCGGCCCGCCUUCUUGCGCCGUCUCCUGCUCCUCGUGCCCGCCCUCGUCUCCCCAGCUCGGUCGCCGUCCUAGCCGCCGGUUCCGCUGCUCCUCGCCACAGGUCGAUGCAGCGGCGGCGGCGCCGCCGGGGAAGGGCGGCGAGUACCGGCCCUCCUUCGCAGACGACCUCUUCCUCGCCUUUUUUCGGAGCAAGAUGGUGGAGGAGGUUGGAUGGGAUUCCGAAAAGCCAGGGUAUGCUGGGCUAAUGGAGGUAGCAAACCGUCUCAUGGUUAAGGGAAAGAGUGCUUUGGAGACUGAGCAAGCUGCUGUCCGAGUACUACAGUCAUUGUUUCCGCCUCUCUUGCUUGUUCUUUACAAAGGUCUUUUAUCGCCAAUUGCUAAUGGUCAACUAGCUGCCAUGAUGCUUGCUAGAGCGACAGCACUUUCAUGCCAAUGGUUGAUGGGCCCAUGCUCAGUUAAUUCAGUCACUCUGCCUGAUGGAAAAUCUUGGUCAAGUGGGGUGUUCGUUGAGAAAUGCAAGUAUCUAGAAGAGAGCAAAUGCCUUGGCAUUUGCAUCAACACAUGCAAACUACCAACUCAGACUUUCUUCAAAGAUCACAUGGGCGUAGAUUUGUACAUGGAGCCAAAUUUUGAAGACUAUAGCUGCCAGUUCAACUUCGGGGUGCCACCUCCACCUCUUGAUACUGACAAAGCCCUCAAGGAACCGUGCUUGGACAUCUGCACAAAUGCGAGGCGGCGCAGAGAGCUCGGAAGAAAUAGUAGCCCAGAUGUUCUCAGUUGCCCCCAAGUUUGA